AUGGCGUUCUCCGGCAUGGACUGCGAAGCGCUGGUAAGAACACUCGACCAGUGCCUGGAUCAGAAGGACUCCCUGGGACAAGUUGUCUCGAGACACUACCGGCGUUUACCGGCACAUCAUACUGGCAUCCGGGCUGCAGACCUUCAGGAGAUCUUCCCCUCCAUAGCACAAGCUUUGGGCUUGCCACCCUGGAUCUUCGAUGGUGCGCACCAGGUGAUCGACAGUUUCGACCUCAACGGCAACGGCAUGCUGGAGGAGGACGAGGCAAAGCGCAUAACCUGGAAGCUUCUGCAGCAGAAGCGCCUGGAAAUCGGUGGACGCCGGCAGGUGAAGGUUCCCUUCUCCUCAGUGAAAGGGCAAGGCUACACAGUGGUCAAGGAGCUGGGCCGCGGUGGGCAAGGCACCAUGUACCUUUGCACCAAGUGGUCUUGGUUCCGAAAGUCGAAGUACUGCAUCAAGUUCUACGAGAAAGCUGAUGCAAACGCUGGUGGUCUGGAUGAGCUGAUGGACGAGUAUAUGCUUAUGGCAAGUCUGGACGAUCGCCACAUUGCCAAGACCUACGAGGUGUUUCAAGACAGCUCCUUCUACUAUCUCGUCAAUGAGCCGUACUUUGGCGGAGAUCUUUCGAAGCUGGGCAAAAAUGCCUCCCAGCAGGGCGUGAGGAUGGGUGAGAAUUGGUGGCGGCAGAUUUUCCGGCAGUGUUUGGAUGGGCUGUGCUAUCUACACGCCAAUGGCGUCAUGCACUGUGACAUCAAGGAGCCCAACAUCAUGAUUUCCAAGAGCGAUUCCUUCCAGGCACCCCUUGUUGUUCUCAUCGAUUUCGGCUUAGCUUCGGCGUUUACCAGCCAUCGUCAGGGCGUUUGUGGAACUCCGGGCUACAUUCCACCGGAGACUUGGAGGCAUGGAAUCUGGUAUCCCCGCGGUGAUGUCUUUAGCAUGGGCGUGGUGUUCUUCCAGUGUAUGUGCGGCAUGGUGCCCAGCAAGAAUGGCAGCGUUCAGGGUGCACUGGUCGAAGGGUGCGGCAGCCACGAAGACCUGUCACUGGCAGCACAGAGCCGGCCAGACGCCAAGUGCAUGUUUGCGUACUUCGGAGAGGGCCCGCGCUUCGAAGAUCAAAACGUCACCUUCGAAGUCAACCGUUUGGAAUGCGCGCAGGGAUCGUUCUGUCUCGCGAGGCUUGCCCACGUGGCCUGGGCCCACCUCGCAGAUGAAAUUCGGAAAGCAGAUCGAAGAGCAGCUGACCUGCAAAGGGAGCAGAAGAUGCCUGCGUGGUUGCCCAAGCGCUGUAUGAGCUGCCAGAGUGGAAAGGCCCUGCUGUCUCAAGCGUUGUUUGUUGUGUUUGAGAUUUUCGUCCGUAAGCAGCAGCCCCCGCAGCCUAGCAGAUACAGUAGCAACGCCUUGAGCUCCAGCCAGGAGCUGGAGAAGGUGGCCCAUCCCACCGCCAACGGCAACGGCCACGUCCAGGGGGAGGAGGAAUCAUCCAGCAAAGGCAAGAACGUCGAGCUGGACAACCAUGGGGAAAGGAAGAAAAUGGCUUUACCGACAAUGAGUGGGGUGUUUGUCGACCGGGGCAUUGAUGGCCUCAACCAGCAACUGGAGGAGCUCAAGAAGCUCAUAAGCGAGAGUGGCCUUGCGGUGACGGCUGCCGCUGAGGCCAUCGAUGCGUAUGCUUCGGCUGACGAGGAGUCCAGCCACAUGAAGCUCCACGCUCUCCAGGCCCUGGGCAACGUCUCCAUCGGUGUGCAGCGCCUUCGGGCGUUUGCUGAGCUGAACUACGCGGCUCUCUACAAAAUCUUGAAGAAACACGACAAGACUCUGAAGACCAAGUUUGGCCUGGAGCACCUCUUCCCUCGCUUGGUCAAGGAGACCAACCUUAGCGAUCACAGUCGCCUUCAAGUCCUGAAUGACGAGGUGAAGGAGCUGUCGAUGAAAUGUUCUCAAACUUCCGAGUCACCAGAGGUUGCGUGCCUCAUUCAUGGCCUGGGCCGGACAGGCCGGGAUAUGACAUUGGUCAACCCCAUUUCGCACCGUAGCGAGCUGGUUCUCAGCUUCUUCCUCGGAAGCUCCUUGGCCCUCUUCUUGGCUAUCGGUGUGCUCCUGGCACUCCCUGAGAAGAGCCCGAAGACCUUCUCCGAGGCAUAUUUCUUGACGCCCAUCCCAGUGUUCCGGGUCGUGUUUUCCUACCUCUUGAUCCUGUGGUGCAUGGGUGCUGUGGCGAAGAUUUGCGACCAGUGGGAUGUGAACCACCUCUUCAUCCUGAACGUGGAUCCCCGUUGCCGGGUGACUCCCGAGUUCUUCUUCGCCCGUGCAGCUACACUGACCACCAUUUGGAUUUUGAUUUUUGGAAUGUAUGUCGUGGACUACAAGUGGAAGGUUCUGCCAACAGUUUGGGCCAGCGAUGGGUUCAACAAACGGUCGUCCUUCCAUUUUGUGUUUUAUCCAUUGACCCUGCUCCUCCUGGCUAUCCUGGGCACACUCGCGCCGUCCACCAUCUGCCGCAAUCGGUACAAAAUUUCGGUGUUACAAUCCGUCAAGCGAACUGGUUUAGCUCCCGUGUACUCCGUUGACUUUGCGGACAACAUGGUCGGCGACGUCCUGACGAGCCUUGCAAAGCCGAUCGAGGACGUCCCGGCGGCAGUGUGCUACUUGCUGUCACACCAUCCUCAAGAGGAGGAUGUCGUAAAGCGCUUCGUCGCGAACGGCGACAGCUGCAGUGCAGGCACACAUCGCUGGGUCGUGCCUGCCCUCGCGGCCUUGCCUUUCUGGUUCCGUGCUCUGCAAUGUUGCCGGCGAUACGCGGACACCAAGGAGCAAAGACACUUGUGGAAUCUGGGGAAGUAUUUAUGCAGCCUCCUGGUUGUCAUCGUCUCGCGCAUGGAGAGCUUGACGCUGUUAGUCGCUGUCUCAACGACAGCCACACUCUACGCGUUUUUUUGGGAUGUUGGCUUGGAUUGGGGCCUCAGCUACAAAGAGCUGUUAUAUGCUUGUCCUUGCUUCCCUUGCAAGUCGACAGCUGCCAAGACCAGGUCCAACUUGACCGUGACUGGCCGCCAGUUUCCGAUCAAGGCUUACGUGUUGUGCAGCUUGAUGGACAUCUUCGCGAGAUCGACAUGGGUGUUCACUUUGAUGCCCACCAGUCUGGUGACAGGCAACAUCGUGGCGCGUGUGAUCCUCGUGUCUGUGAUGUCCUCAAUUGAGAUCAUCCGCCGCAGUAUGUGGGCAGUCUUGCGCAUUGAGUAUGAGCAAGUCAGCAAUGCAAGUGGUUUCCGUGCUUUGCUGUGGGUGCCUUCCAAGCUGAACGCAAGCAGCACCGCGCAGGUGCAGCCCGAGCGGAACAACUCCGUGUCCGGCGGGCCAUCGCAUGGCGUCUUGGUUUACAUGCACCACGUGCCCUGGGAGCAAGGGCUGGGAUGCGACACAGCCACUGCUGACCUCGAAGCACAGCGAGUGAUCUUCCGCCGGUUUCCGCAAAGCAUGCCCUUGCUUCGCGACCUCAUCGAGACGAUGACAUUGCGGGAACGGCGUGCCAGGCCUGUGGCUCUGGUGGCGUUGGGUCAUGACUGGUUCAAGAGCUCGACAGAUGCAGAGCUUCCCUCCACAUCGCUGCAUGGGCUGCUGGGAUGCGCCAUGGGCCACGAGGUUACGGAAGAACUCUCCAUCCGACUCAGCGAGGCGAACACGCUGCAUGCACUCCGGCAACUGCAGCAGCAAUUCCAGGAGCGUGACCGAAGACGGCAAGGUACGGUGGAUGCGGAAGUGGCUUUGGAGCUCUUUGUCGCACAUGGAGUCCCCGCAAAGAUCGCGCGCCGGUGCAUUGAGUCGAGCGGACCUCAUUUCCCAUAUGUUGCCCUCAUGAACGACCUCCUCGCCUCCAAAGAAAGGUAUGGUUACCAGUACGUCUUGGAGCUGUUUCAGGCGCUGGACGUUGAUUCCUCUGGGAGCCUGAGCCUCGAGGAACUCCGAGGCCUUAUGGGCGGCGGCGUCUUUAAGCUCCGCCAUGCAGACGAUGUCGAGCAGCUGCUCUCCUGGAUGGAUACCAACCAGGAUGGCACAGUUUCCUUUGGCGAAUUUCUCAAUGUAGCACUGGAGUAUGGCCAAAUCAACACGCGAGCGGAAGGUGAGAACACCUCGCCGAGUUUCUGGGCAGGUCUCGGGUUGCAAGGCUGGGGGCAAUCAUCCUCUGGAAGCACACUUCCUGCACGUUCGAUGCCGACGCAGAAACCUUCGAAAGGCUCGUCGGCAAUCAUGUCGCAGAUGGCGCCAGGUUCUCUGCCUGGCAGCCAAAUCAGCACGCAAGUUCCAGACGGACCUCCGAAGGUCUGGCGGCUGCGGGUGGGCAUCUUCAGUGCAUCCAGUCCUGGUCGACCGGAAGUGCCUGGAUUCGAGGCUGCCUACUGCAUGUGCUCCUUGUGCGGAGAAGACUCGGCAUCAAAAGCCGUGGAGUUAUUCCGUACUGGCACAGUCAGAUUUGAUGGGCAAGCUAGUUGGAACAUCGAGGAGGAGUUGCUGGAUUACCAGCCACCCGACGGCCUGGAGUUCGCAAUCGUUUGCCAAGGUCAGUCGGAAAGGCUAUUGGGCAAGGCCCGGCUGAGUCACCGGCAGUUCUUCCCGUUGGGCUGCAACACGCGCUUGACCUUGUCGCGUAGUGGCGGCGGCAUCCAAGGCACACUUUGGGUGAAGAUCCUCGUCAUGGAGGAUGAUGGCCAGCUCGUAUCGGAAGCACCACUGCAAGAUCCUUCUCCGGUGCAGAAGCUGCCAGGUCGAGGAUACAAUGGAUACAAGCCAGCUGAGGAUGCGAACGCAGGCAUGUCGGUGACGUGGGGCAGGUCUUGGGUGGAGGAGCGCCAGCCGGUCCUCGCCGGCUUCCGGAGCAGGCAGUUGCCUCCGGCACCUCCUCCUGUACAAUUUGUGCAGCAUCCACAUGUCGUGGACGCAGGUGCCUGGGCACCAGCGCAUUCCCCCUCCCAGAUGCUCGUGGCCGCGCCGGGUAUGCAGCUUUACACACCGUACCCGGCCAUGGGGGCCAUGAUGGUUCCGGCGCGCGUCUGA